CAGGGAAUAAACUAACAUGUGUUUUGCUUAAAACAUGGAAUAGAUGAUUUCAAACAUGGAUCAUCUAGAUUCUACACAAUUUUUUUGGACUUUAGAGACGCGUUUGGUACACUCUCCCAUGAGGUGAUGCUAAAAGCAUUAGAGGAAAUACACCUGCCUCAGCCUUUUGUGAAUAUUGUAUCCAAUGUGUACCAAGGUUCAUUUCUCCAGGUUAUCUGUGGGCAGCAGCUCACAGAGCCGAUUGCACUGAAGGUGGGAAUAAAAACUGGCAGUCCCUGGAGUGCCGUGAACUUCAUCCUAGCACUCAACCAAUCGAUGAAGUGGAUUUACCAGUGUGCUCCUUUGCAUGUCAAAUCCCCAAAUCCUGUUCAGGGAUACGCCGACAACGUGCAGGUGUCAUCACGACAAGAGGAUGUCAUCAUCAACAUCCUGGCACGCACUGAUGAGUUCCUCCAAUGGUCAGGGCUGGAGGUGAAGCAAGCUAAUUGUGCCGUACUCCACGAGCGCCGCAGUGGAGGCAACCGCUGGUAUAAGGCCAAGCCCCCCUCGUUUCUUGUAAUGGGCCAACCCAUUAAGGUGUAUUCCCGUAAUGAGACCUACCCAUACCUUGGCCACAGGUUUAACAUCGCUGGCGAGUGGGGGGAGCAGGUCGAGGAGCUCACUACAGAGUUUCUCCAUCGUCUCCACCUGAUUGACUUGUCCCCCCUCCCCGUCCUCAUGAAGUUCCAGGCUGUGAGAGAGGUGGCUUUGGCUAAAAUUCAACAUCUCUUUGCCAAUGUACACAUCCCUCUCAAGGCACUGAAAGAAAUGACAAACAAAACUGUCCAGCUGGACAGAAAGUGGGUGGGCCUCAACACACACUCCACACGGGGCAUCAUCUUUCUCCCAGGUGGAGAGGGGGGGCUGGGAGUCCCCAAUGUCGAGUGGACCUACAUAGCCACCAGGCUAGCCCACCUGAUCCACAUGCUUAAUAAUGAUGAUGUCACCGUAAGAGAAAUGGCCAGGGCCUCUGUCCUGCUGGAUCUACAAAGAAGGAAGAUCCCCCUGGCCAGCGCAGACCAGAACAACUUCCUCGGCUUCAGGAGGAAAGACUCUGGGAAACUGGACUCUCAGGCCAAGGGCUUCGGGGUCUGGUCUGACUGGCCAGAUCUCAAUGACCUCCGCAAUCGGACUGGAGUCCAGCUGAAAUGGACAAGACUCAACACACAGACCGAAGUCCCCGUCUCUGAUGAACUGAUCACAGACCCCAGUGUGGUUGUGAAGGCCGACAUCACAACACCUCAGGAAGAGACUGUGGAACUGCACAGAGACUCUGCAAGGAGGGUUCUGCUCAGCAUGAAGCAGUCUGAGAUCAGGCAGCGCUGGUGUGGACUCAGAUUACAGGGAAAGCUAGCCUGUUUGGGGUUUGCUGACCACUCAGUCUCACACUCAGUGUUUAAGAACGCCGCUGUUGGUGAGGAUGCUCUGACAUUUACCAUCAAAGCAAGACUGCAGUUAUUACCCACUAAGUACAAUCUGUCCACCUGGGAGGUGCUAAUAUUAGAAGUAGGCUGUGCCUUUGACCUGUACAUGGACCAGGCUUUCCAGGACAAGUAUAUCAAAUACCAACCACUGCUCGAUGAUGUGUACGAUAAACUGGACUACCUGAGCUCCCUGGGGAAGACGCAGACUGCAGCUGUGCAGAGGGAUGCAGACAUUGGCGUGGCUGAGGCAGAGAGGGAUGCUGGGAUACGGGAAGCAGAAUGUAAGAGGGAGAUGAUGGACGUCAAAUUCCAGGCUGACACCAAGAUGGCCGACUCCAAACGAGAACUGGAGCUGAAUAAAGCAUCCUUCAACCAGGAAGUCAACACCAAGAAAGCAGAGGCCCAGCUGGCGUACGAGCUGCAGGCAGCUAAGGAGCAGCAGAAGAUCCGCCUGGAGGAGAUUGAGAUCCAGGUGGUGCAGAGGAAGAAGCAGAUCACCAUCGGGGAGAGGGAGAUUGAGCGGACAGAAAAGGAGCUCAUCGCCACAGUGAAGAGGCCCGCUGAGGCCGAGGCCUACAGAAUGCAGCAGAUUGCUGAAGGGCACAAGACAAAGGCAGUGCUGUUAGCACAGGCUCAGGCAGAGAGGAUCAGAAGGAUCGGUGAGGCAGAGGCGUGCUCCAUCGAGGCAGUGGGCAAGGCGGAGGCGGAGAGGAUGAGACUGAAGGCCGAGGCCUACCAGCUGUACGGAGAGGCAGCUAAGACUGCGCUGGUGCUCGAGGCCCUGCCUAUGAUUGCUGCUAAGGUGGCAGCGCCAUUAGCCAGGACCAAUGAGAUCGUCAUCCUGAGUGGGGAGAGCAGCCGCAUGACGGGCGAGGUCACCCGCCUUCUGGCUGAACUUCCUAUGUCUGUCAAUGCUCUCACUGGAGUGGACCUGUUAAAGAUCCCGUUGCUGCAGAAGAUGACCGGUGCUCUAAACUGAGAGCCCCCCCUCCACGACUCCAGUAUCUGUUGUAUGCACUCUGAUGGACUGCCUUUAAUACACUUGAAGAAUUUAGUUGUUUUAUACGUAUAUACUAUAUACCAAGUGAAUUUUGGAAACCCCUGGUGCCUUACUUUAUACAAGGCCAGAAUAUCUGAAUGCCCUGCUGCUCAUUCAGAGAUGUUUUAAUUUAUUUAGUUUGCACAUGUUGUGAUGUGUUUUUUAUUUAUUUGUUCUAUUUCUAAUAUAUAUUGGCCUGUUUGCAUGAGGUGGGAUCAAAGAGGAGAGCUGAUAUUAGACUGCUGUGAUGGUGCUUAGAUUUCUAUCACCAUGUGACGGCUGGUGUUAACAUCUUGAUCUUUAUUAUCAGCAACAGAAGGCCUCUGCUCUCACUUUGACAUUGUGUAUGUUGCAGGCCUCUAUGUUCAUAUAGACCUUUGUCUUUAUCGUGAGACACUUCUGCAUUCCCUAGAUCUUCUGAAUCUUUUCUUGUAAAUGGUAGAGCUUUCUUUAUUAGUUGUUGAAUGUGUCACAGAUUGAUUUGUACAACGUAACAGGUGCUCAUAAUCUUAAAGAAGCCCCUUCCAUUGUGCAAAUGUUUUCUGUUCCCCUGAAUAAAGUUUAGAUCACCACUGACUGUUCAUAUCAGGCACAAUACAGAAGUGUUUUGUGCCUGAUCAUCAUUUUGUAUUUAGGAAAACGGAAUCAGAAUCUGAUCUUGUGCUGACAUGGUUAGCUUGUAACGUGUUAUUUUAAUAUUUAGUGUUGGUUUUAAUGUCAAGUGUUGCUAGUUUCAGCCAUGAUUAAGAAAACAAACAGUUGGUGUUUAAAAAAUCAAGAUGUGUUGAGAAAGUUCAAUGUGAAUAGAUUCUGAGAGGCCAGACGGCAAUGGCAAAUAGAAUCGAUUAUUUUCAACGUUGUUGUAUCAGCAGGAUAUUGUAUAGUAUAUCUGAUGUUUCAUUUCAUACUAAAAGUAUCUUUAGAUGCCAAGCCAUGUUCAACAACCCAAACGUUGACACUUUUCAGAGAAACAUGUUCUGUUCUGUGUACGCACAGGUCUACAUUGAUUAGUUUUUUAUAACUGUGACAUCCAAUAUAGAAGGAUCUUUAGAAGGGUAGUUAAACAUAUCAUACAAUGUUUUAUCAAUGUCUAGCAGCAAUGUUUAUUUUUGUAAAUGGUCACAAUACUUAGUUGUUUUGCGGUCUAAUGCAUCAAAGUCUAAGCUUUAGUGAAGAAGGAAAAAAUAAGUGAAAUGGAAAAGCUUUUGAAAUACUGUAUAUGACUGGGACACCUACACAAACCUGAAUUCUCCUGUUUGAUGCUCAUAUCUGAAGCAGGUGAAAAGGACAGUUCUACGUGUGGCUGAAGAAGCAGCCUGCAUGAGCAUACUGACAUCACACAGGACUGUUAUUAUAUUUAGUAUGAUUGUUGUUGUUAAUAUUCUUUUUGUGCUCAUAUUCCGUUAAUGUAUUUGUGUAUCAUUUGCUGAUAUAGCGACUUGACAAAUACUGUGACAGUAAUAACUUUGUUUAGCUUCAAAUGUUAUUUACACACGUGCACUGUGUCUCCCACAGCCAUGAGUUCCUGUAUGCUCUCGCUGCAUGCCAUCCAUCUGUACAGAGAAUAAUACGUUCACUCUUAGCUACUGUCAUUCUAAUAAAUAUACGUACCAUA